AUGAGAACCAUAGCAACAACUUCAACUAGUUACUCAAUUUCACCAUCUUCAUCGCCUUCACUGUCUCAUUCUUCAUGGCACUCGCCAAUUCCUUAUCUCUUCGGAGGCUUAGCAGCGAUGCUAGGCCUCAUAGCUUUCGCUCUCUUGAUUUUAGCUUGCUCUUAUUGGAGACUCACCGGUCAAUUACAUGACGAAGAAAACAACAACGGAAAUAGUGAAAAAGAAGGUGAUAGUUCGAACGAAAAAUCUGUUAAAGUUUAUGAAGAGAAAUUUCUUGUCAUUAUGGCUGGUGAUCAGAACCCUACGUUUUUGGCUACUCCUGUUUUUCCUAAAUCAGCUUCUGUAAUGGAUCUGAAUUCCGAUGAACAGCUUCAAAAUAAUGAAGCGGUUGAGAAAUCGGAGAAGGAAACGGAAACGGAAGUUGCAGAAGAACGGAAUCAGAAUCAGCAACAGUGA